AUGUCCACCGAAAAUGGCGUCACCGAAUGGGAGGCUUCCUUUGAGAAGAAUAUGGAACUCCUCCGCCUGGCUUCUACCUCGGGCAAUGUUAAGUUCCUGUCCAUAUAUCAGGAGAAGAUGGUGGAGACGACGGCCACAGAGGCUGGCUUCCUCAAUCAUGACCUGUCAGCGAUGGAUGUCAGGACCAUGAUCUACCCAUCUGACAUCGUCGAGCAACUGCGAAAGAAGAACGAGACGGCCGUGAAAGAAAUUGAGACGAGUUGUACCGUGCUUCGCAACACCCUGCAGGACUUCAAGGAAAGCUACCCAGAUGCUGCCGAGAGCGACUGGAAGUCGUUUCUGGACGAGGAGGUGAAAAAUCAAAAGAACGAGGGUAAUAAACGCUGGGACGAUCUGAAGCAUUUUGGCGUAGAUAAGAUCAAACAGCUGCCCGAAAGUUUACGCUCUGCGAUCGUCCAAGUCUACAGUGCCAUGCUGGUCGCCAUUGCGAAGCUGACGGGCAACAUCGUGGACUGGCUGAGGGAUGCCACAAACAAGGUCACCCAGUUUAUCCGCAUGAUUAUGGAGAAGAUCAAAGAGUUUGCGGGCAAGGUUGUUGAGUGGUGUUCCAACACCUCGAAUUUGAUCACCAGCAUUUCCGGCGACAUAUUUUCCCUUACUGUCGGACCACAAAUGACAAGUCCAGCGAGCUAA